AUGGAAUCUCUUACCACUCAUCCGUCCACCGCGCAACAGGCCAAGGCCUUCACCUCUCCCGCGUCUCUGUCGUUCCCCGGUGGUGCUGGGGACCUGACACCGCCCUCCUCUGAGAAAGAUGGACAAAACCUCAUAGGUGGCUCGUACGCAGAUGGGAAGACCAAUGGUCCGCAGGGAGGAAACGCCGUUCAGGCUCCACAAACCCCUGGCGCAACACCUGGCGCUGGCGUGAGUGGUAUUGUGCCCACCUUGCAAAAUAUCGUUGCUACGGUCAACUUGGACUGUCGUCUUGAUCUCAAGACGAUUGCACUCCAUGCCCGCAACGCCGAGUACAACCCCAAGCGUUUUGCCGCUGUCAUCAUGCGUAUCCGUGACCCCAAAACCACGGCCUUGAUCUUCGCAUCAGGCAAGAUGGUUGUCACUGGCGCCAAGUCGGAAGAUGAUUCGAAACUUGCAAGCCGCAAGUACGCUCGUAUCAUUCAAAAGUUGGGCUUCAACGCCAAGUUCACCGACUUCAAGAUCCAGAACAUUGUCGGUUCAUGCGACAUCAAGUUCCCCAUUCGACUGGAGGGUCUUGCGUCCAAGCAUCAUCCCUUCAGCUCGUAUGAGCCUGAAUUGUUCCCUGGUCUUAUUUAUCGCAUGAUCAAGCCAAAGAUCGUCUUGUUGAUCUUUGUCAGCGGCAAGAUUGUGCUCACGGGUGCCAAGGUCCGUGAGGAGAUCUAUCAAGCUUUCGAGCAGAUCUACCCUACGCUAACAGACUUCCGCAAAGUCUAG